ACUGUGGAUAAGGCCCUGGUCCAUGAAAGGAACAUGUACCUUACAUUCUUCCUGUGGAAGAUGUUCUUCCUAUCUGCAUGGUCACCAACUGGACAUGCUAAGUACAGUAGCCUUCCAGAAGUAGUGAUACCCUUGAGGGUCACUGUAACUGGCAGAAAUAAUAUUUCCCAAGGUUGGCUCUCUUAUAGCCUGCAUAUUGAGGGACAGAGGCACAUAAUCACUAUGAAACCAAAGAAAAACUUGAUAUCCAGAAACUUCUUAUUGCUCACUUAUACUGACCAAGGAGAUCCAAUUGAAGAACAGCCUUUUGUGCAGAAUGACUGCUACUACCAUGGCUAUGUGGAUGAAGACCCAGAAUCCUUGGUCAUUGUUAACACCUGUUUUGGGAGUUUGCAAGGCAUACUAGACAUAAAUGGCACAAUUUAUGAAAUCAUGCCCAAGAGGUCAACAUCAACAUUUGAACAUCUGGCUUACAAAAUGGACAGUGAGGAGUCAGAAUCAAUUCCCAUGAGAUGUGGGUUAACCGAAGAGGAAAUAGCACGACAAAUAAAGCUUCAAGAACACAAUGAUUCCAUACUUUUGCAGCUCCCAUAUGAGAAUUGGUGGACCCACCACAGGUUUAUUGAAUAUUUUGUAGUAAUAGACCAUAAAUGAUAUGUUCAUAGAAAGAACAAUACCACAACAUGUAUUCAAGAUAUAUUGCAAAUGAUCAAUGGACUAAAUGGUUAUUAUCUUCAAAUAGAUACUGAUGUAGUUUUAACCACUCUUGAAGUGUGGAGUAGAAACAACCUUAUCAAUGUAGAACAAGAUAUAACUAAUGUCCUAGAUGAUUUCUGCAAUUGGAAGAUAAACACGAUUGGCAAUCGUAUUAGACAUGAUAUCAUACACCUUUUUAUCAGACAUGGAUAUGGUGUAUAUUUAGGAUUAGCUCAUGUAGCUGCAGUUUGUACAUCUUAUAAUUGUGCAGUUAACAGUUUCGUUUCUGAUUCAAUAUCAGACAUGGCAUUCAUUGUAGCACAUGAGAUGGGUCAUAACUUCGGUAUGAUGCAUGAUGUAAAUGGAUGUACUUGUGGUUUAGAAAACUGCAUAAUGGCCCCCUAUAAAUCAAAUUCCCCCAAAUUCAGCAACUGUAGUUAUGAACAAAUGUAUUCAAUUUUUACCAAAAGAAGUUGUCUAUACGAUGUUCCAGAAGCACUAGUAACAAACCUGACCGAAUGUGGGAAUAACUUAGUUGAGGAAGGAGAGCAGUGUGAUUGUGGGAGCUCUGAAUCCUGUUCAAAAGAUCCAUGCUGUCGCAAGGACUGUGUUCUCAAACCUGAUGCUCAAUGUGCUUCUGGGAUUUGUUGCCAACAUUGCCAGUUCCUUCAAACAGGCUCAGUGUGUAGAAAAGAGAAAAAUGAGUGUGACCUUCCAGAGUGGUGCAAUGGAACUUCAGCUGAGUGUCCAACAGAUGUGUAUAAAGAAGACGGAAGCCCUUGCAGUGGCGGUGGUUAUUGCUAUAAGAUGGAGUGUCAUCAACAUGAUGAACAGUGUCGGAAGAUUUUUGGCAAUGGAAGUCGAAGUGCACGUGGAAUUUGCUACAUGGAAAUGAACAAACGGGGUGACCGUUUUGGUAACUGUGGUAAUGAUACCUAUAAAUACAAAAGGUGCAACAUCACUGAUGUACUCUGUGGGCGAAUUCAGUGUGAGAAUGUGACAGUACUUCCC